AGCCUAUGUAUACAAACUACAAAGUUACAUACAACCUUUGACUUGUGAAAAACAAACACUAAAAAUUGAACCAAUUACUCAAUGGCUUCAUUAACUCAAUGUUUGUUCUUCCUUGUCUUAUGCUCUUUGCAUUAUAGUUUGGUUAGUUGUAAUAAUUUUAAUCAAGAUUUUGAUGUUACAUGGGGUGAUGGUAGGGCAAAAGUUUUAAACAAUGGGAAACUUCUUACCCUCUCACUUGAUAAAGCCUCUGGUUGUGGUGUUCAAUCCAAGAAAGAGUUUUUGUUUGGAAGGAUUGAUAUGCAGCUUAAGCUCGUGCCUGGAAAUUCAGCUGGUACAGUUACUACAUAUUAUUUAUCAUCACAAGGGGCAACCCAUGAUGAGAUAGAUUUUGAAUUCUUGGGAAACCUUAGUGGAGAUCCAUAUAUUGUUCAUACAAAUGUGUAUACACAAGGCAAAGGUGACAAAGAACAACAAUUCUACUUAUGGUUUGAUCCCACUCAAGAUUUUCAUACAUACUCCAUUCUUUGGAAUCCACAAACAAUUAUAUUUUAUGUGGAUGGCACACCAAUAAGAGUUUUCAAGAACAUGAAGUCAAGUGGUCUACCAUACCCAAAUAACCAACCUAUGAGGGUGUAUGCAAGUCUAUGGAAUGCAGAUGAUUGGGCAACAAGAGGUGGACUUGUGAAAACUGAUUGGUCCAACGCACCAUUCAUAGCCUCACUUAGAAAUUUCAAAGCCAAUGAUGCAUGUGUUUGGGAAUUUGGAAAAUCAUCAUGCACAAAUUCAACAAUGCCAAAAUGGUUCUCUCAACAACUUGAUUCAACAAGUCAAGCUAGGUUACAAUGGGUGCAAAAGAACUAUAUGGUUUAUAAUUAUUGUAAUGAUAUUAAGAGGUUCCCUCAAGGUCUUCCUCUCGAAUGCACUUUAAGUUUUUAGACUCUUCUAAAAUGUUGUUGUACUCAUGUCGAAUUCUUCAAAAAGGUAUUACUUUUGGAGGAUUCGACUCGUGGUUAUCAACAUUUUUGAAAGGUUCGAUCAGCAACAUUGAUUUUAACGUUCUUGUUAAUUAAUUAUCAUUUUCCUCUUGUAAUUUGUGAGAUUCAUUUUCACAUAUAUAAGUUUUGAAAUAGGAUCAUGUGAUAAAAUAUAAUGUUACAGGAAUGUCAAAAUUGCAGUGCGUAUAGUAAUUCUUUUUUUUUUUC